UACACAAAUAAAAUUAACGUGUAUUGAAUUUACUGUCAACUCAUUUUAACCAAGUUGAUUGGUUAAAAAAAAACAACAUCAAAUGGAUUUAGCAUUUAAAAUACAAAUAAUGUGUUCGUGGAGAAAAAUGCUGCUAACACUGGUUUUACUUCUAGCCAUUGGACGUUCACAAUCCAUUGAGUUAACAGGUCAAGGCAUCAAAGAUGCCAUUGCCGAAUAUGAUAUGCUGGCCAUGAUAAACGAAAAUUUAAAUGGCAUUGAAUUCGAUUAUGCUGAAGACGGUUUUCCUGCCUAUAAAAUAUUACAAAUUGCCGACAUAAAAUCACCAUAUCGUAUGAUUUUGCCAGAAAAACUCAAUGAUUUUGCAUUGCAAACCACUCUACAACCCAUUUCAGCCAAAGGUGGCUACUUGUUUAGUGUUGUUGAUCCGUUGGAUACGGUGGUACAAUUUGGUUUGCACUUUUCGCCUGUAAUCAAAGACUGCUGGAAUGUGUCGUUAAUAUAUACCGAUGCCAGUGUUAGUCCAGUUACUAAGCGUUUGGUUAGCUAUCAGUUGCCAUAUGAACCCAAGAAAUGGGUUACACUGGCCUUUAAAGUGUUGAGUGAUAAAGUGGUUUACUAUUACAACUGUGAAGAGACAGAGACGACACCCUUGAUGAGAGAUCCCAUGGAGUUGGUGUUUGCUUCAUCUUCAACAUUGUAUUUGGCACAAGCUGGCGCUAAGUUUGGUGGUAAUUUUGAGGGUUAUUUGCAAAAACUAAAUGUUUAUGGUAAUCCAGAUGCUUUGUCCAUAACAUGUAUACCACCUCCCAAAAAUACGGCACCACCCACCUCAGCCGCCACAAGCAUUUACGAUGGCAGUGGCAUGCCGCCUCCACAGUCGCAAUACCCACAUGAAAGACCAUAUCGUACCAUAAAAGGCGAGAAAGGUGAACGUGGUCCUAAAGGUCCUCCUGGUGAUAGUAUACGUGGUCCUCCUGGACCACCAGGUCCUGCUGGACCUAAAGGCGAAUCAGGUUCAUUUCCUCCCUUUAUUGAUUUUGCUAGCAAUCCUGAGGCGAAAUACACUGGCAAAUGUACAUGCAAUGCGUCUGAUAUCCUAGAAGCCAUCAAAGACAACGAUAUACUAAGAGAAACAUUAAGAGGUCCACCAGGACUACCGGGUAAAGAAGGCAAAACUGGUGCACCGGGACGUACGGGUGCUACUGGGGUGCCAGGUGAACGCGGUGCCCCCGGUCUUAAAGGUGACCGCGGUGAAAGGGGCGAUCCUGGUCCUCGUGGUCCCGAAGGUCUGCAAGGCAACAAGGGUGAGCCAGGUGUCGAUGGUAUGCCUGGCGUAAUGGGUCCUUCAGGACCCCCAGGUCCACCUGGUUUGCCAGAGAACUAUGAUGAAUCUUUAAUGGGCAAUUCAAUGGGAGCAUUGCGUAGCAGUUCACCAGGACCUAAAGGAGAGCCAGGUAUUAAAGGUGAAAUGGGCCGUAGUGGCGAAAGAGGUCAACCAGGACAAAAGGGUGAACGUGGUGAUCCCGGCAUGACGGGUGAAAAAGGUGAUAGGGGUCACACAGGACCUCAUGGACCAGCCGGUAUCAAAGGUGAACCAGGUCAACCUGGCAUACCCGGUCUUUCAGGAUCACCCGGUGCUUCAGGUCUUAAGGGUGAUCGUGGUCUGCCAGGUGAAAUUGGCCCCAUGGGUCCAGCCGGAACUCCAGGACAAAUUGUUUAUGCUGAUACGCCGUUUGGUUUACAAAACACAACACAGUGCACGUGUCCCGCUGGACCGGCCGGUCCCAUAGGCCCACGCGGACCUUCGGGCUAUGAUGGUGCACCCGGUUUGAACGGUGAGCCGGGUCCAGCUGGUUCGAUCGGUUUGACCGGCCUGCCUGGUGCUAAGGGCGAGAAAGGCGAAAAAGGUUUGCGUGGUUUGGCUGGACCGAAAGGUGAUCGCGGACCUGAGGGUCCACCAGGACAGGCCUUUUUCGCUGGUGGUUUCGAAGGCAUGGCUAUGAAUGGCACCAAAGGUGACAAGGGUGAUAAAGGUAUGCGUGGUCGUCGCGGCAAACCGGGAACAGCUGGACCAAUCGGACCUCCGGGCAAACCAGGUUCAAUGGGCGAAAUGGGACAUGCGGGUCGUCCAGGUAUGCCAGGACCUAAAGGUGAUAUGGGUCUUAAGGGACCCAAAGGAGAUUCUGGCGGUCGUGAAGGGCCCAAAGGCGAUAAGGGUGAUAGAGGACAAGAUGGUCGUGAUGGUAUGCCGGGGCCACCAGGUUUGCCAGCGGCAGCAGGAGAAGGUGUACAAUAUGUUCCUAUGCCAGGACCACCAGGUCCGCCGGGUCCACCCGGCUCACCUGGCAUGCCAGGUCUAACAAUAUCAGGACCCAAAGGAGAACCCGGCAUGGAAAAUCGUAAUGGUUAUUAUGGUGAUGCCUCCUACUAUGGACGACCGGGACCUCCUGGUCAUCCAGGGCCACCCGGACCCCCAUUAAGCGGCAGCCGCCAUCAUGAUCAUGAUGAAGAGGAGGAGACCCCCUACUAUUCAGCAGCUUCUUCUUGGAAUAUGCGUAUUGUUCCGGGAGCAGUCACUUUUCCCAAUAUUGAUGAAAUGACAAAGAAAUCUGCCAUGAAUCCACCCGGCACUUUGGCAUAUAUAACUGAAGAGGAAGCGUUAUUAGUGAGAGUCAACAAAGGUUGGCAAUAUAUUGCGCUUGGAACAUUGGUACCAAUUGCCACACCCGCCCCACCGACAACAAUUGCACCACCAGUACGUGUUGAUAUACAAUCAUCGAAUUUAUUAAAUAAUUUACCACCAUUACUCAAUACACCUACGUUACGAGUGGCAGCCUUGAAUGAACCCUAUAUUGGCGAUUUACAGGGAAUACGUGGAGCUGAUUUUGCCUGCUAUCGCCAGGGCAGAAGAGCUGGUUUAUUGGGAACAUUUAAAGCAUUCCUGUCAUCAAGAGUACAAAAUCUUGAUUCAAUUGUACGUGUCGCAGACCGCGAUCUACCAGUCGUGAAUACCAGAGGUGAUGUUCUGUUCAACUCAUGGAAGGGCAUAUUUAAUGGACAAGGUGGUUUCUUUUCACAAGCGCCACGCAUUUAUAGUUUCAGUGGUAAAAGUGUUUUAACGGAUCCAAUGUGGCCACAAAAACAUGUCUGGCAUGGUGCUCUGCCCAAUGGAGAACGUUCAAUUGACACAUACUGUGAUGCCUGGCAUUCGGGGGCAAGAGAUAAAUUUGGUUAUGCCAGCAAUUUGCUGGGGAACAAACUGCUGGAUCAGGAGCGUCUAACAUGUGAUAGUAAAUUAAUAGUAUUAUGUGUUGAGGCUCUAUCGCAGGAUCGACGAAAAAAGCGAGAUUUGAGUGACAGUGAAUUAGAGUUCCAUACGGCUGAAGCAUAUGAGCAGCAUUUAAAAAGAGUACUGACUUGAAAUAAAAAUCAUCAUUGAACAUUUAUUUUCGAACUUCCAACAUCAUCAUUAUUAAAUACUUAGAGUAUCACUCCGUAACAAUUACACUCACACACAAUGAAAAUUGUUUUAUUGACAUCAAUUUAAAAACCAAUAAUUUCUAGAUUUACCAAAAUAAC